AUGCGCCCUUUCUCAUCACUGCUCGUCUCCGCGCUGCUGCUCUUUCAGCAAACGAGUUUCGUCUUUGCCGUUCCGCCACCAGCCUCGUCGUCUGGUGGCCUCAAACCUCGCGCAGGACCCGCGGCUGGCCCAAAAUUAGUCUGGGUCGUCACCACUCUCUCCGUCGGCGAUAUCAAGGGGGCCGGGGGGGUUCUCCCUCGUGGUAACACGGGAUGGAGUCUUUGGGCUCAUUACCAUGGAGCAGAGGACAGCGUCUGGGUUUCUGCAACCGCGAGCGAGGAAGCGUCCAGGAUGAUACUUUCCGGCAAAGCACGAACCGUCAUGCUCGUCCACGCAGGGCCGAACUGCAUCUCGGAUCUCGAGACACUAGGCCGGCACGUUCCUGUCGACGCCGAUGCGUAUUCCUUUCUCGGAGGCGUCCGCUCAGGGCAAAUAAUUCGGUACAUGACCAUGUCGAAAAAUAACGAGGUGAUUCGGACCGUCGAAAAUGAGUUCUACACCCCCGGGUUCUACGAACCCUUGCGCGCGUCCGGCGGGCAAUACGGCCUAGCAGGAUUCCCAAUCGACCACGUCGCCUUGACCGAACUCCCAUGGAGCGCCGCCAUUCUGCAAACGGGCCCGGCGGCUCUCAAGCUGUUCAUGGACAGCAUAGCGGAAAGUGUGGGGUGGCACGGCGCAAUGCCAUUGAUUGACAAACCUGGACUCGUCUUCACCGCAGGAGUUAACAUUUUCAAAGACCUUGAAGUGAUUGAAAAGGCCGAAAAUGUUGCCUUGAGAGCCAGCAAGUCAGCAAAAGCCUUUGACCAAUUCGUAACGGCUCAAGACGCGUACAAAUCAGCCGAGUCCAACCUUUGGAGAGUGGCUCGCCUGGUCUCAGAUACCACUUUUCUUUCGAGAGAGUACUAUGAUCGCGCAUGGCAAAUGAUGCUCACGGCGGCAAAGGCCAUGACGAAUAUCCAGUGGGGGGCCAACACGCAGCAGGCGGCGGAGCUGCUGGAAAAAAUCCAUUCCGAUUCCAAGGAGCUGCAAAAGUUGGCAGAAGAGCACGGCAUGGGAGAGAAAGCCACGGGAGAGCGAGCGACUUCGUUGACUUCCAGCGUAAUGACGAAUGUUCAAUCGCUCGAAGAGCUUCUGGACAGGUUGACGGACGAGAAUGAGAAAAAUACCAUGCAAGUGGAAGAGCUGCAAAAAACGCUGCGUUUCGGAAAGGAUUCCCCGCAGGUGCGGAGGCUAAAUGAAGGCAUUCAGUGGCUAGGAAAAUAUCGCGAGGGCAAGGAAAAAGCCAUCGAGCGAGCCGUGGCCAAACAUGAUGCCAUCAUACAGGUUCAGAAUCCGUAUUUGGAAAAGCUCAAGCCAAUGGUUCACGAAGCCAGAGAGGUCGUCAAGGCCAUCGAUGCCGAAGUGCAGAGCAGAGAGACGUUUGCGCGCAACAUGGAGACGCUCAAACACCUAGCACCCGAAGGCUCCUAUGUUCAAACCGGUGCCUUGGUGGCACUGAGUCUGCUGUCGUCCAUCGCCGUCGGAGGCGCCUUGACCUUGGCAUCGUUGAAGCAGGCCGGGGUAACCAUGUUGGGGUCCGGAACCAUGGCGCAGCGCAUCGUUUUAUUGGCUCAUCGAACUUUAACUUCUUCGGCCGACGAAUUUCAGCGACUUGUUCUGAACGAGAUGGGCGUCGCCGUCGAGGAUGUGGCCCCGGACGUCCCGCAGGUGAGAGGAAACACACGUCUCAACCUAGCAGUUGGCCAAGUCGAGCUGGGAGCAGCCUCGCAACAGCUCAGCCCAGAAAGUCCGCAGGCCGAGCUGGCAAAGAGGACCAAGAUUUACAGGUGGCAAGACGACGAUGAAGACGGGAAAAUAGUUUCGCGGGCGGUCUCGCUCGUGAUGGAACAAAUUCUGGCCGAGGCUGGACGUCAUGGGUUCGAACUAGCUCGUCGUGGAAUGGAGUUGGCACAAGCAAAGAAGGGGCACACGAGCGGUUGA